GGUCCCUGGUAUCUUUCUGCGCUUGCGCCACAAGGAAAUGUCACUUCCGACUCUGCGCGCACCUGGCCGGAACCUGCCGGCGCCUGGGAAUGGUUCGAGGACACUACAAAGGUCAGCAAAUUGCCAAGGUCUUUCAGGUGUACAGAAAGAAAUAUGUCAUCUACAUCGAGCAAGUGCAGCAUGAGAAGGCUAAUGGCCCAACCAUCCAUGUGGGCAUUCACUCAAGCAAGGUAAUUAUCACCAGGCUAAAACUGGACAAAGACAGAAAAAAAAUUCUUGAACGCAAAGCCAAGUCUCGACAAGUUGAAAAAGAGAAAGGCAAAUACAAGAGCUCAUUGGGAAAAUGCAGGAGUGAAUAUAACCUGUCCUGCAAUCAUGAUUUAACUGCAGAUGUCUAGCCUAGCCUGUUCUUUGCUGGGACUUUUCAAAAUGUCUCUGCAAUGUUUCAUCGCCUUUCUGUUUUGUUACUGAUAUAUGGCUCUGUAAAUCUACUUUUGUGAUUGAUUAAUAAUUUUAUGAAUAAAAUUGGAGCUAUUUCCCAA